UGUCUUAAACUCCUCGUGUAGGAAUCUCAGUGCUUGUGGAGGCUUUGAGGUUUGCGAUGACAUGGUGACGAAGGACAUCAUGACGCCCCUGGUCGCCCUGCUCCGGGAGUGUAGCACUGGACUGGAUUCCAACGAGGUGCCUCCGCGGGAAGGGAAGGAGCAGCACAGACAUUCUGUUGAGAACAUAGCCAACGAGGCCGUGAACGUGCUAUGGAACAUCUGUGAAUGCAGUAACAGAGCAGUGUCUAUAUUCAACAAAGAAGGGUGCUUGGAGAUUGUAUUAAAGUACUUAAGUAGAUUUCCCAGCAAUGUCGACCUGGCUAUUUCAGCAGCCUAUUGUUUGCAGACGGUAACUGAAGAGAACCCAGAGCUACUGAAAUCGCUCAGUGCCUCAGCGCUGCACGUGCUGGAAUCCGCCAUGCGGGCUCCUGUCAGCUCCAUGGCGUAUACCCUGUUGAAGACACUGGUUGCAGGCACAGUGUGGAAUCUAAAGGACAUUAUCCCGUCCAAGAGUCAAGCAGAAAUCAUAAGCGCCAUCCUCAAGAUCUUAUCCGAAGUUUUGGAAAUGGACGCCGGCGCAGUGGUCAUUCAGAUGAAGGAGGCCGAGACGCAGAGGCUGAGAACCGCCGCGGAGACGGAGGAGAUGCUGGAGAACGCGAACGGCGUGGGCUUGACCGAAGACGAUGAGAUGGAGGAGACUCCUCCCAGGAGAAGGGUCAGGAGGAAAACUUUCAUUUCGGAUUUACUUCCGCCCACUAACGAGGAGCUGAGAGAGGCCACGGCGCUGCUGACGGCACAGCAGACCGCGCUGGAGAUCAUCGUCAACGUGUGCUGCAGCGAAGAUCCCUCGGACGACGAGUGGGAGGAAGAGCUUUCCAGCAGUGACGAGAGCGAGGCGUUCAUGGAGAGUUCCCUGGGCGAGGGCGGGGGGCAGCUGCUGUCUCCCCUCUGCCUCUCGCACGAGACACACGCCGCCCUCACCAACUUCCAUAUCCCCAGGAAGGUGUUUGAGAAAACUGCCUUUCCCAGCAGCGCUGCCGUAGACGUGUGUUCCAGGAACCCCACGUGGAAACCUUUGGUUAGAAAGAUGAACACCAUGCAGUGGCGAGCCCUCGUGUGUCUCCAGAGUCUCGUGUCCCUGCUGGAGGUGGAGCACCUGGGCGGGGCGCCGGCCCUGCAGGCCCUGGCGCAGCACCUGUCCACCCUGCUCUUUUCUCAGCCAGACUUUGCCAAGCACGUGGACUUCCUGGAAGCCAUCAGCAGCGCCUUGAGGGCCCUUCUGCAAACAAUGGCCGCCAAGAACAUUUCUCAGUGCAUGACCCCCGACCAGCUGAUGGCGCUGUGCAGAGCCGGCAUCCAGAGCGGCAGCGUCGGGGUGAGAGUGAACGUGGUGAGCAUUUUGGGAAUCACCGGCAGCGUCCUCGCCAAAGAAGAUGGCGCACUUGAAACUCUCAAGGUAACACAGUGGCUUCCGACCUGAACUGCUCAGUGAUUAGAGGUGGGGGUGGGGUUUCAAAACUUCACCGGACAUCGUGAGACGAGAUCACAUUAAACUGCUUCCUGGAGGGUAUUAGUGAAACGCACCCUGUCGUGCGGGGUGUGAAGUAGAAACGCUGCCUGAAGGGUUCCUGGAAAACAGGCCCGAGCAGUGAGCAGCCUGUCCCGCGGUCGCCCUGCUGCUUACAGUGGAGCCAGUUUGGCGCUCAGCCUGUCCCCUCGCACCUGUUUACCAGGUGGGCGCCCUCGGGGGUGAGGCUUACGGCCCGCAUGCUGCCCGCUGUCUGCAGGUGGGGAGGGCUGCCGUCGGCGGGCUGUGGUGAGGUGGGUGUCUCAGGGCAGCACAGUGGAGCCACAUGAGACUGUUGUGUUCAGUUUCUUUCAUUGCCUGUGAGUGUUUGUCUUACACUUUAAAAAGCAGGGUUUUUUGUUACAGAUACUAUUUCUAUGCAUCUUUACACCAUGGGGAAAGCCUUUUUGAGGGUGACGAAAACUUAA